AUGUCGAUUCUCAGCACUCUUCUUGCUUUAUCAACUGGCCAAUCUCUGCUCAAGGCUGCUCCGACGCAUAGCACUCAAAUCACUGCUAUUGUUGGUGUAGACAACCGAUCAACUCUGGAAUGUUGGACUCUAGUUCCAGGCCCCGACAUCACGCCGAACGUAUGCAGAGACUUACAACAGCUGGGAAGCACCUCUAACGGCACGUAUUUCGUGUUUGCUGCUGGAUCUCCCAUAGACUCCGGAACACACAACGCACCCAACGUUCAAUACUUCAUUAUCCUCGAGGGUUCAGCGACGAUCACCUUCCCUGAUUCGUCGGAGACGCUAUUCGUAGAAGCGAACAAGGUUUACAUUGCUGCAGACUCUGCUGAUGUUUCUAUCCUCGGACAUCACACUGUCGUGGCAGGCGGCUCCAGAAUCCUUCAGCUUCCAUUUCCGGGAAACGAGGUACCCAAACAUAACGCAACACGAGGGAAGUGUGAGGUGUAA